AUGACAGCCGCCGCAAGAGCAUCCGUCCAACAAGAAUCUCCGGUGGUUCCUCCUCCUCCAAGAUUCAUCCCACCUAGAAGAGUCGUCAGUCUUACUGAAGAGAAUCGAUUUUUAAUCAACUCAUUUCGCUCUGCCACCUCUACACCUCAAGAAACGGACACGUACACGUCUCUUAUUUGGAGACUACAAGAGACGUAUGUUAUUAACACGUGUCCCCUUUUGAGACUUUGCUCUCCUUCUUCCCCGACUUCGCUCUUCUUCAAUUUCUCCCAAUUCGCAGCGAGAGAGAGAGAUGGUGCCGCCGGCAACGGAGCGGAGAAACAAAUCAUCAGACCCGGGACCGGUCCCAAACGUGCUCCGGAUCAAACCGUCACCGUUCAGUGCACCGGAUUCGGGAAAGGUGGUGAUCUAUCCCAGCAGUUCUGGAGUACAAAGGACGCUGGGCAAAAGCCUUUCUCCUUCAUAGUCGGUAAAGGUGUUGUCAUCAAAGACGUUAUCGGAAUGCAAAUUGGAGAGGUUGCUCGCUUACGGGUAUGUAGACUGCUCUUCUCAUCAUGCAAACAUAUUUGAUUGCUUCAUGAAUUCUAUUAGCUUUGCGUCUAUCUUGAAAGCAUGUUGUCUCUAAGGUUUGUGGAAUGAAAGUGUAAUGAAAGCUGUUUCUUUUAUCA